CUGUCUGGUGGCUCUUCCCCCUUCCAGAUAGGACUGGUGGUCAUCCUGGUGUCCACGGUGGUAGCCAUGUCGGCCGUGACCCAGCUGUGGGAGGACGAGUGGGAGGUUCUGCUCAUCUCCCUGCAGGGCACAGCACCGUUCCUGCACGUGGGGGCCCUGGCUGCCGUCACUGCACUCUCCUGGAUCGUGGCAGGACAGUUCGCCCGCACGGAGAGGUCCUCCUCCCAGAUGGCCAUCCUCUGCACCUUCUCUGCCGUGGUGUUUGCCCUCUACCUGGCCCCUCUCACCAUCUCAUCUCCCUGCAUAAUGGAGAAGAAGGACCUGGGCCCCAAGCCUGCCCUCAUCGGCCACCGCGGGGCCCCCAUGCUGGCCCCAGAGCACACGCUGAUGUCCUUCCGGAAAGCCCUAGAGCAGAAGCUGUAUGGGUUACAAGUUGAUGUCACAAUCAGCCUGGACGGCGUGCCCUUCCUCAUGCAUGACGCCACCCUGCAGCGUACCACCAACGUGGAGGAGGAAUUCCCAGAGCUCGCCCGCAGGCCUGCCUCCAUGCUCAACUGGACUGUCCUGCAGAGGCUCAACGCUGGCCAGUGGUUCCUGAAGACGGACCCCUUCUGGACGGCCAGCUCCCUGUCACCCUCCGACCACAGGGAGGUCCAGAACCAGUCCAUCUGCAGCCUAGUGGAGCUCCUGGAGUUGGCCAAGGGCAAUGCCACACUGCUGCUCAGCCUGCGUGACCCUCCACGGGAGCACCCCUACCAUGGCAGCUUCCUUAACGUCACCCUGGAGGCCUUGCUGCGCGCAGGCUUUCCCCAGCACCAGGUCAUGUGGCUCCCUAAUAGGCAGAGGCGCUUCGUGCGGAAGGUGGCUCCUGGUUUCCAGCAGACAUCAGGCUCCAAGGAGGCAAUGACCAGCCUGCAGAGAGGCCACAUCCAGUGGCUGAACCUGCGCUACACUCAGGUGUCCCACCAGGAGCUCAGGGACUAUGCAUCCUGGAACCUGAGUGUGAACCUCUACACGGUCAACGCGCCAUGGCUCUUCUCCCUGUUGUGGUGCGCGGGGGUUCCCUCCGUCACCUCGGACAACUCCCACGCCCUGUCCCAGGUGCCUUCCCCCCUCUGGAUCAUGGUGAGUUGGACUACUGGGGGGCAGAGUACACCUGGGGGGAGCAGACAGCUGCCUGUGGCACGCAGGAGCGGGGCAGGCUCCACACUUUGGGCUCUCUGGCCUGAGACAGAACUAACCAACCCCAAAACAUCUUCCUGGGCAAGGGGAGUUGACUUGGGUUCUGGACGUAAGAUGGAGGCAGGAGAACCCUGGCUGAGAGUUAGCGGGCUCUGUCUGAUUCAAGCCCCAGCUCUGCCCAUCGCUGGGCCUCAAUCUUCCCAUCUGUAUAGUCAGACAAGAGUCCUACUGGUCUCUCAGGCCAAAUCCAGAGAGGCUCUGGAAGUGGCAGGUCCCUGCUCCAGGGAAGGGUGGGGAAGGACCCAAUGCUCACGGGGCCAUCUCUGCAGGUGGCGCCUGGGUGGCAUACGAAGCUACAACCCUGAGCAGAUCAUGCUGAGUGCAGCGGUGCGCCGGGCCAGCCGGGAUGUCAGCAUAAUGAAGGAGAAGCUCAUCUUCGCAGAGAUCAGCGAUGGCAUAGAAGUCUCCGAUGAGCUCUCUGUAUGUUCAGACAGCAGUUAUGACACGUAUGCCAACAGCGCCACCACCCCUGUGGACCCCCGAGGGAUUGGCAGCCAUGCCAAGACUCUCACAGACCAAAGUGGCCGUUAGCUGAAGACCUGUCUUCCCAGGCUGUGCCUAACAUGGAGACCAGGGAACCCAGGAGAGCUGGCAGAAGCGUGUCUGGACUCGGAGUGCUCUGGGAGCUGGCUCCACAGUCUCCUCAUCGGCUCCAAUCCCUUGUCCACCACGGACUAUCUUGGAGGGGGCACUCCUCUCCCCGGAGGCCCAGUAGGGCCAGGACUCUCGCCUCUCAGAUGCCCCUGCAGGCCUGGGGCUCCUUCUGGGAAAUAGGGGAUCUGGUCCUCCUCUGAAACCCUCCCUCCCAUCCUGGUCUGGAAGCUCUGACGGGUCGCUGGGCCAUGCCCUGCCCCCAUGGCAAUGAAGGCUGUGGAUGCCUAUGUAUGACUGUCCUGUCUGCUGUGAGGCAGCUGAUUUCUCCUGUCUCAAGGGCCUAUGCUAGGCCUCUGCCCCCAGCAGCUCUGCUCCUCACGUCAGUCUCAAAGCACAAGGAGGUUCAGCUCAGGAGGAAAGCCUGCUGAGAUACUCCUCCCGACCAGCCUCUCAGCCUCCCACUACUGCUGACCCUGCCCCAGGAGAAGGCCUGAGCCAUGUCGCCUAGGAGCAGCUGGAGAUGGCCAGAAGAGCAUGCCCAGGUGUCCAGCAGACCUCUGGGGCAGAGAGUCCAGAGGCCCAGGAGAUCCACAGACUGAUACAACCUCAGUUCUCACAUCACUGGCCACCUGGGAAAGUGUUCUGGGUAUGGUCAAGGGUGGGUGUGUGGCCAAGGAGGCCUGCAAUGGAGGGAGCCUGAGGAGCCUUGGCCAGCGAUUAAAGCUGCCAUGUUGACACA